UAUUUCCCAUUCAGAUAUUAUCCUUGUGCACAGUUUAAGGCAGAAACCCUAUUCCCUGUAAUCCGGGCAAAUGUUCUAGUUUUAGAAAGUCUUACUGUCUGUAAUGGUGCAAAACCAAACAGAAAAUUGUAUCACAUUCAUCGACACCCAGACCUCCCCAAAGAUGCCAUUAUCCACAAAACACCAAACCCCUAUGCUGAUGACAAGUGGGACUUAUUUGUAUUUGAUGUGCCCUAUCUAGUUGUUGGGAGAACAGGGGAGCAAAUAAAAAGAGAUUGUCACAUGCAUCAUUUAGACUGCACUCAUUGGCUACAUCAUUUUUUCAAAUGCAUCUCACCUAAUUUAGAUGAAUCAUUUAUUUCUGAUAUUAUGACCAGAGUGGUCUUAAUUUAUGAGAGAUCACUUACCUUGAAACAAUAUUGAAUUCAGUGAAUUGGUUUCAAACUAGAUCACCGUAAACUACUUCCGUUAGGAAGAUUUAACCUUAGGCCUAUGGCUA